CUCCACGACGAGUCGCGUUGAUCGCGACUCGUCGCGCGUUGUUAUGGGCAUGAUAUGGCUGACUAUGGCACUAUGAAAAUAAUCGCCGUCUCCCGCGACUCGUCGCAAAGAUUAAUUAACAAUCGCCUGAGGGAGUACUUCGAUCAUGGAUCUAGAACGGGGCAACGCUAACAUCUACGAGCUCAUCACGCAGCUGGUCAGGCACACGUUGCGGAGAAAUCGCUCCGGGAAUGGGAGCUCCUACGUGCCGCCCAAGAGCGAUGUCAAAAUAGUAAAGGGCUUUCGCUCGAGGGCCUAUGAGAUAUUGUUAAAUAAGAGUGACCAGACGUACAAUCAAGAAAAUGCAGCAGAUUCGAAGAUUGAUCCCCUAAUAGAGAUACUGAAGUAUGCUUUUGUGCUGAGGCUGUCCCUGAGACGCGUGUCGGAAGCAAAAGAAUUAGAAAAUUUGAUAAGCGAGCUAUACAUUCAGGAGGACAACACAGACACUGUGAUUUCCACCUUACAACUGCUGACAGAGCUCAAGAGCUUUCAGACUGACACAGGGACUGCAUUGAAUGUAUUUCACUAUGGUAAAAACAAUCCCUUCUUGCCUGAGGAUGUUGCGUCUACAAAUGGUGUACCAAUGUUUCAAACAUAUCCUAUGGAAUCCUUUAUCUUGCCGGAAAGAUUUGAGGCAAUGCUGGGCAUACGCAGAACUUGUACCGGGCAAAAUACGUCAGCCAAUUUUGUUAGCAGAGUAUCCUUUGAAGAUCAAUGUGUAUCAAAAACCAUCCUAGGAAUCCAAACUGUUAGGUAUAAUAAUGCCAUUGAAAUGUCUCCCUGCAUAUCAAGUUGUACUGAGAGUACAGUGAAACAAUGUAACAUGGUUACUCCCUUUUUAACUCAUGUUAUGAUUGAACAAACAAAUAAGAUAUAUUUGUCUACACAAAGAUUUAUGUCAAAUAUGACUUUACCCUGCGAAUGGAUAAAAUCUGUAGAUAAUCAAAAUGAGAAUCGUUUUUGCGUUAUGCCGUCGGACAGUUCCGAUCGUAGUUUUACAAAUGAAUCAAAAAGCGUCAGAAGUGACGCUGAUUUAAUAUGGAAAGAGAUGUUACUUUCCGACGACCGUGUCUCCAAAUUACGAACAUGGGAAUCUCUCGGAGCGCCGGAGUUUUCCAAACAGUUGCUAUUUGUCACCGAUCUGCCGGAGACCGCUCUGCACUUAGCGAGGAUAAGACAAACAAGUAUUUUAUCACUGCUGCCAAAGAAGGCAAUGCAUUCCAUAUCCCUGAUGCGGGAGGUUUCGUCCGAGAAAUUCUUGUCGGACGUCAAAUUGUUGUUAUUCGGCAUAGAUUCAGACUCCUUUAGAUACGACACCGUGACGGGAUUUACAUUGGAAGAGAACAUUACUGUGCACGGCAUAAGCUCCGAGUCGCUGAGAAUUGGUUGCAAAGAAGCGAUUUGUUGGGGCAACAGUUUCAGGUCCUUGUCGCACCUUGUCGUGCCCGAUCCGCAAACGGGUAAAUUGCAGCAGAACGGUCUCAUAUUCAAGGCAAUGUGCGCCAAUAUCAAAGAGCUACUCCUUUACUAUCGUUCGGCGUUGCAAAGGAUUCUUAACAAACGUGAGUUUCACGGAUUGUUGAGCUUAUUCAACCAGGUUCGUCCUCUGGCGCAUUUAAUCGUGGAAGUCGCGAGACUGUGCGGUUGUAGCACAAAUCAAUGCACCUUGGGCGGUGGCAACGGGAUUUUGACACACAUUUACAAAGAAGUGACCAAGGUCACCAAUCCGAAGGUCGCUUUGGUGCUUUAUUCCAUAUUAAAGUCGUGCUGCGAAGUCUACUUUCGAUUGUUGCAAAAUUGGUUGUUCGAGGGGACGUGUAAUGACGUUUACGGAGAAUUUAUGAUUCAAGCGCGGUCUCACUACCUGCGAAAAAGAGGACGCAAGUUUUGGACGGAAAGUUUUGCGAUCGAUACCGAAUCGGUACCUGGUUUCUUAUCUGAAUUAUCGGAGUCGAUACUGCAAUGCGGAAAGACACUGCGACUCUUAAAAAUUUGCAGUCCAAAGAAUCCCGUGUGCAACGUGUCUCUCGACGCUCAGCCGGAGGUGAGGGUCUGCCUGAGCGUGUCCAUGCUGCGAGAGCAGUUGUUAAGGUGUCAAGAAUACGAACGUAAAGGCGAGACAGCGCUGGGACCAAUCGUAUCUCUUUUAUCCGCAAUUCAGGAUGAAAAAAAAGCCGAGAGGAAAAUGGCCGAGCUCGUGAUACGCGCGCAGCAGGAAACGUUGUCGAGGCUGGAUAAGCAACGCAAAGAGCUUAUCAUGAAGGCCGCGCAGAGUAAACGGGAAUUACUGCAAGAAUUGAAGCAACAGGCGGAAGCGAGCGCCUUGAUUAAGGAAAGGGAAAAGGAGAAUGAAAUGCUAGCUGACAAAUUGUUGCUCGAAAAGAUUAAUCGAGAGCAGGAAGAAAUACGGGAGCAGCAACAAGCCGAGCGGGAAAAUCUUAUAAGUUAUUAUGACAAAUUAACCGCCGAUAUAGAGAGCAAUCGUGCGCGAUCCACUUGGCGAAAGGCGAGAAUGAGUCAUUUCGAAAAACGAGUAGAAUUGCUGAAAUCUGUAAAGAGACUCGAUAGAGAAAUGUCGAACAAUGCCACUACAUUAAGUUCCGAUGAAAAUAUAAUCGACGUUGACGAAUACAAUAAAGGUAUUACGCCCGAAAUAGAAGCUGUGUCUAAUCAAGAUGAAAAUAGCAAUUUUGCGGAAAACGAAUUGUCGGACGCAGCUGCGACAGACGUUUCCGAGCAGAACGCCCCUAAAGAUCUUUCGAUCGCCGAAUGCUCGGAUGUCCCGCCUGUCGAAAAUUGUGAGCCCGAUAAAGAUAUUGCGUCGGACAAAGAAAUUACAAGUAAGGAUUCCCGCACGACAGCGGCAGCGGAUACGCAGAACCUGUCGCAAGAAUCUCUACCGUUAAAUUAUAAGAUCUAUAAAAAGAAUAACGAAAGAAGCAACCUGCAGGAUUUCCUGCGUGACGAAGCAAUGAAAAGCAUCCGCACUAUAAUGAAUGGCGACGAUAAAAAAACGAGUGUGCUCGAUACUCGUUUAAACAAUAUCUUGGAGACCGAUGAGGUGACUGAGAGAAUUAUUGGUGCUAUUAACAGGCCUAAGUCCUUGGCUAUCAAGAGGAUAGACAAUAUCACCACUGCACAAAGCAACAAACUUAAAGUCCUGAUGCAAGAAUACGGUAUGACGCCGAAUAACAAUGAGCUCAGCGCGAUACUCACGGACAAUCAAGGAAUUAUCGUUCGCGCAAAUACAAACGGCAAUAACCAGAUAUCAACUGAUACCACUAGUGAAUCAAGUUCGAGUAAUACGAAGGAAAACGCGAACAAUAAUGUUCUUUCCACAACCAGUAUCAAAUUGCCGGACGAAACGACGAAUGUGCUUGGGCCUACGAGUGACGAGGAGUAUUCAAAUAAGAUUAACAACGCAAAUAGUGAAGCGCACGAGCCGAUAACGAAUAAUACGCAGCAGCAGCAGAAUAUAGAUACGCCGAUGUCGUGCACGACUGACAAUUUCACCACGGCAUCGAUGCACACUCCUUUGUCGCAGGUACCGAACAGCGACGAUAUAUUCGCUUCGAACGCCGGUCAGGAAGUCUCGUCCCUGUCCGACGACAUGAAAUCGAUCACCGAAGAAACAUUCGAGUCGCCGAUGAGCAGUAAUUUCAAGCUGCCGAAUUUUAUCGGCGUUAAUUCCCACGUGAAAUCGCCGACCGCACCCUCGCCUCUCACCGUAGCUGACGUCGAGAUGAUCGAUCAUACGUCGCUUCAAGUGUACUUGGAGAAAUCCGUCAUCAUUCCGUUACAGAUACAGAGCCGACUGGUUAACAACGCGAUCAUUAAAUAUCUGGUGAACGAGCACAACAUGCUUUCGCACUUGCACAGCCUACGUAGUUACUUCUUCUUGUUGAACGGCGAAUUCGCGAAGAGUCUGACGGACUCGCUUUAUUCACGGCUCUACGCGAUAUCCGCGCCAAUCGAACUCUUUAAUUCCGCCACUCUCACGAACCUCUUGGAGAAAGCGUUGAUGAACUCGUUCAGCAAUAAUUACGCCAAUUCGGAACUCUUGAGUCUUUCUGCCGUCGACAAACCAUGCCAGUUAUACAUUUCAGAUCCGAAUGUCUUAGAAUGCCUUUGCCUCAACUAUAAGAUAUCGUGGCCGUUGAAUAUCAUCUUGGAUGACACGAUGAUGCUACAAUACAGCAAAGUGUUCAAGUUUUUAAUAAUGAUUGGCAGAAUGUCGUGGGUACUGCAGGAAGACUUUAAUAUAAUGAAGUUGGAGCGGAAUGCAGUUAAUUCGGAGCAGUAUCACAAGUUGCAGUUGUACAGGCACUCCAUGACACAAUUCACGAAUGCUCUUCACAAUUAUUUGACGUGUAGCGUACUGCACGCGAGUUGGAACGAAUUCGAAAAGGACCUACAGAAUUCCCGGACGAUAGAUCAGAUUUAUCUCUCGCACAUGAGUUAUAUUAAAAGAAUACUUUCAAGAUGCAUGCUCAAUACGCGCGGAGAAAAGAUGCGCGUCUGCUUGAUCAAUAUCUUUAAAAUCAUACUGAAGUUUCACAAUCGCUUGAGAUCGCAACCUUGGACCGUCGGCAGCGCGGAUCGAUACAGUCAUCCGAAUUUCAAGAGCUUGGAACAGAUGUACCAGUCGUUCUGCGAGUGGCGGACGUAUAUGGCACAUGUCGCGCACAAAUUGGCCACCAGCGGGUAUCAGCCGCAUUUAACACAUUUCCUCAAUGCUUUGAACAUAAAUCACACGUACGACUUAACGACAAAGCAACAAUAGCACUGUGAUUAAAUUCCGUCAUGUCUUCUUUUACGAUGUAUUGUUGAAUGUAAAAGAAUGUGAGUAAUCUCUCUCUCGUAGAUAUCCAUUAAAAGUAAUUUAAUUUUUGAAAAAAAAAAA